AAUAGCUCAAGGAAAAAAAAAGCGUAUACAAUCAAUUUGUCGAGUGCUUGCUAUUACAACGUGCCCGCUAUCUAGUGGGUGUCGAGUUUCGGGGUGUGAUAUAUUGACAUCGUAGUGCAGGGUCGGGGUAUUUAAAGCCCGGGGAACUGUUUCGGUGGCUUCAGUGUUACACGUGGGACGAUUCUGUAUGCACAGAUGCUGGCCAUUGACCUGACCAUUAUCGAAACACAAUGGCAUGAGGAGUCAAACUUAGGAAGACUUCAAUGAACUAUUAUGGGAUUUGGUCUGAGAUACUUAGCAGUUAUACUUAUGUUUAACAGGGGCCUUUGUCAGAUAUGUAACUCGACUAUAGUUGCAUCACAAAACCAGAUGGAGUCGGUGACAACUCCGGGAUAUAACGGUGGAACUGGUAGUUAUACAAGUAAUAUGGACUGUUACUGGGUUCUUGACGCCGGUGCGGAUGACUUGAGAAUCUUGAUGUUUGUAACGUAUGAUACUUCCUGUCCAAACGACGUUUUCUACAUCCAUGAUGGUCCUGACGGGUCGUCAACAAAAUUAGCAGACGGACAGUGCGGUAAAGCAGUUGCAACGCAUUAUUCAACGUUACAAAGAUACGCUUUUAUCAGAAUGACGUCUGAUGCAACCUUAGAGAAAGUCGGACUUCUUGUGGAAUAUGUGGCAGCUAAAGAUUAUUCCGGAAGUGGUUGUGGUGGCACGAGGCAGACACUGACAGCUACAGAGACAUUCCAAUAUUUAUCUUCUCCAAGUUUUCCUAGUCAGUACCCGAGCGAUAGCAACUGCCGCUGGACAAUCAAUAACGCACUUGGUACUGUGGAUAUCGAAGUCGUCAUAUCUGAUAUAGAAGACGGAGACCCUGCAGUCUGCGACUAUGACCAUUACGAAAUAUAUGACGGAGAAUACAUGUGUGAACACAACACAAUACGAAAAGUCUGUCAGGAGUUCCAGAAAAUCCAAGCUUACAAUUACACUUCCAACAGUAGCUCGGUCGUCGUCAAAUUCUUCAGCGAUUCCUCGGUUAAUCGGCGGGGGUUUCUUCUCAGAUACAGAGCAAUAAUUGCGCCAACAACAACAACCCCCAUUACAACGACAGUAGCAGAGACAACAGCUGAAGCGACAACAACCGCAGAAACAACAACAACAUCAACAACACCAUCAACAACAACAACUUCAACAACUACAACAUCAGCGCCAUGUACAACAAAGUCUACAACAUACAUCACAACAACUAAGGCGGAAGGACUUACGAUAAACUUCGAACUUAUGUUGGGAUUUAUCGGUGGAUCACUUCUACUCAUAUGUAUGACGAUCAUCAUAGUGGUCUGUGUAGUAACAAAAGCCAAACCACCGUCUGGAAAGCAUAUAACUCCAGUUCAACCUUUCAGACCGUAUGAGACUGUCGACAAGAAUUCCAUUCGAAUACGUAAGCCUUCAAAAAUUCCUAAACAGAUAUCGUCCCAGAGUGGUGUGACGCAAAAAUUGCCUCCAUGGUAAUUCAUGUUUACAAUGUGAACUUAAUUUAUAGUGAAAACAUGAUUUACAAUGUAAACAUGUAAACUAUCUGGUUUGUAAUUUUGUUGAUAGUCUGUACUCCUGUUAAAUAUAUUUGCUGUGUGCGUGUUCGAUUUGUCUUUAUCACUUGUGCUUUUAAGCUGUUCACAAA